AUGUUUCCCUUUUCCUUCGGCUUGUUCCCCAAUUGGAGUUGGUUUUGUAUUUUCGUCGCGCUCUUCCUCUUCCGAUACUUCAGACUUUGGGUCAACCUUGCAAGCAAUUGGACAUAUCAACCCAUACAGCCUGUCGACGAACCUACCGUUACAUCCAAAGAUGUCACAGUCAUCAUUCCCACUGUGGCUGAAGACCUUGGGCAAUUGAAGGAAACAGUCCAGAGCGCCUACCGCCUCGAACCCUACGAGUUGAUCCUUGUGACACCUGACUCAAGAAUCAAGCGUGUCUACCAGUUGGUGGAAGAGCUAGGCACUCCCAAACUUAUUCAGGUGUUAUCUGUCAGUCAGGCCAACAAGCGUCGCCAGCUGUGUCGGGCAAUCCCGGAGGUUGAGACAAAGAUCACACUGUUGCUGGACGAUGAUGUUUGGCUGCCAGAGAAGUUCAGCAAGUGGCUUCUGGCACCUUUCGAAGACCCUCGUAUGGGAGGGGUUGGAACGAACCAGCAGCUACGUCGCGUAAACCGCAGCAGCAUCUGGGAGUUCCUCGGUGCCAUGUACCUUGUGAGGAGGAACUUCGACUGCACCGCCUGCAACUGGAUCGAUGGUGGGCUACCAUGCCUAUCCGGCCGAGCAGUAGCGUAUCGAUCGGAGAUACUGCAGGACCCCAAAUUUACCUACGGUUUCACGCACGAGACCUGGGGCAGCGAUCACUUUCUCAACGCCGACGACGACAACUUCAUCACACGAUGGCUCUUCAACAAUAACUGGAAGAUCCAGAUCCAAAACCACCGCGAGUGUGAAGUCGAGACAACCCUCGAGAGCGACUCGAAGUACCUCCGGCAGUGUCUGCGUUGGGUGCGCUCUAAUUGGAGGAGCAACCUGACGAGUCUGGCUGACAUUCAAAUGUGGAUAAACUACCCAUGGUCACUCUACGCUGUCUUCCAGACCACGAUUACGCAGUGGGCGUUCCUGCUCGACUGCCUCUUAUUGGCUUCCUUCCAUUUCGCAUUAUCGGAAGCAGGUUACUAUGCAGUGGAAGGUGAGGUGCAGCCACAGGCCGAGCAAUGGCAGCCGUCGUUGUUUUGGGGGUUGUUCCUUGCGCACUUCGUCUUCGCAAAGACGAUCAAGCUAGUUCCGCAUUUGUUAAGAAAUCCGGGCGACGUGCGCUUCAUCCCGGUCUCGGUCGCAUUUGGCUAUUUCCACAACCUGAUCAAGCUGUACGGCUGCAUCACAGUCACAGAGACAACCUGGGGCACUCGUGAAGGCGCCGACGCAGACGAUAACAUCAGGAUGCUGCCCAUCCCAAACACGCCGAUGACACCUCCUAUGACACCUACUCCGGAGCAAAGUAAGCUCCGCGAGAGAAGCGCCAUGUUCUCCACAGCCGCGAGUUGA